GUCUGAUAUGCUUAUGUAUUAUUUUCUGUUGCGCACACUCUUCCUCCAGAUCAAUAUCUCUGAGAGCUCUUUGAACUCAUUAGGAAUUCUUGACGUCUCCGGUUUCCAUGUUUAUUGCAACUCACCUCUGCUAUUUCCUGUAUUUGUAUUUGGUUGGGAGGAAGGGGAUAUGAGAUUUAGGUCUAAGCAUAGUGUGCCCCGUCGGCAACUUUUGAGUAACUCUGUGAUUUAAGUUAAGAAUAUUUGUGGAUUCUUACAAUUCUGAGAAGAAGACUUAAGGUGACCUUCUAUGGAUUAACAUAACAUGGAGAAGAACAGGAUGGCAUUGUGAUGGAUUCAAAUACCACUAGACACUGCAGCAAAUAGUGAACACAGUGCUUUUGAAAGCAAUGGGACUCCUACAUGGUAUCGCAGUGGCUUAAAAUGGGAUCCGGGUCAAGUGCUUCUGAUAAUAUUCCAUUGGUUGAAAAUGAUGAGUCAAAAGAGGAUGUUGCCCUUUUUGAAAAACUGGAUUUUGUGAUUAUUGGCUACCAUGGUGCUGGAAAGAAUAAAGCAGGAAACAUCAUCCUGAACAAAAAGGAAUUCAGUUACUGGACAUCAUGGAGCAAACAAGCUGUGAAGAAAGAGUCCAACUCAGGCAAUCAUAAAAUUACUGUGAUCCGCACUCCAGGUUGGUCUGGGAAAUUAAGAACGGAGACAAAACAGCAGAUUCUAAAAUCUGUCCAGUCGUCAUUUACAGAUGGACCUAACGCUCUCCUCUUGGUUAUUAAAAUCGGUUGUACAGACUCUCUUGCUAUUUUCACAAAUGAAGAAGGAAAAAGCAUGUUUGAAGAAAUGUUCACUGAAAAUGUAUGGGAAAAUAUAAUAGUGCUGUUCACAAAUGAGAAAGGAUUGAUGAAAGAAAAUAUGCCUAUUGACGAAUACAUUACUAAACUUAAACUUGACUGGUUGAUAGAGAAAUGUGAAGGAAGGUAUUUUUGUCUUUCCGACAUAAAUUCAUGGAAGGUUCAGAGUAGGGAGCUGAUCUACAAUUUAGAGGUAAAUAUAGCUGAGAAAAAAAAUGAGAAUUUCAACAUGGAAGACAUUGCCACAGAGAAUAAACUGAAGAAAAAGACAUCUCUGAAAAAAAACCUUGAAAAGAAGUACAACCAACUUAAAUCACAUCUGCCAAGCUAUAGGAAGAAUAAGAAAAAAUGUGAAUCCAUUGAGAUUAAGAUAGAAAAACUGGAGAAGAUCAUUAAACAGAAGACUGAAGAAAUACAAGAGUUACAGGCUCAAAUUGAUCAGUUAAGUUCCGAAGUAAAGAAACAGACAGAAGAGGACAAAGAAACAAAAGAAGAGUUGAAGCAAACAAAAGAAGAGUUGAAGCAAACAGAAGAAGAGUUGAAGCAAACAAAAGAAGAGUUGAAGCAAACAAAAGAAGAGUCGAAGCAAACAAAAGAAGAGUUGAAGCAAACAAAAGAAGAGUUGAAGCAAACAAAAGAAGAGUCGAAGCAAACAAAAGAAGAGUCGAAGCAAACAAAAGAAGAGUCGAAGCAAACAAAAGAAGAGUUGAAGCAAACAAAAGAAGAGUUGAAGCAAACACAAGAAACGUUGAAGCAAACACAAGAAACGUUGAAGCAAACACAAGAAACGUUGAAGCAAACACAAGACAAGUUGACAUCAACUGAAGAAAUGUCCACUAAUAGAAUCACCAAAAUGGGGAAGUGGCAGAACACACUUCACAACAUCUUGUGUGAACUCCUUGAAGAUGAAUUCAAAAAACUGAAGCACUUUUUGACUGAAAUCCCCAGCGGAAAACUGGAACAUGCAAAACAACUGGAUGUAACAGAUAUGAUGAUAAAAGCCUUUGGAUUUAAUGAAUCAAUCACAAAAACACGAGACCUCAUGAAGAAGAUACCACGCAAUGACCCAGCUGUGCAAGACAUGCUGGAGCCCUUCCUGUCAGCAAUAGGAGAAGCAUGGUGAUUUAAACAUAAUUAAUUAAUACACUACAUGCUCGUUGAACAUCUCAUUACAAAAUCAUGGCAUUAAUAUGGAGUUGGGCCCCCCUUUGCUGCUUUAACAGCCUCUACUCUUCUGGGAAGGCUUGCCACUAGAUUUUGGAACAUUGCUGCAGGGACUUGCUUCCAUUCAGCCACGAGACCAUUAGUGAGGAUGUUGGGCACUAAUGUUGGGUGAUUAGGCCUGGCUCACAGUCGGCGUUGCAAUUCAUCCCAAAAGUGUUGAAGUUGAGGUCAAGGCUCUGCGCAGUUCAGUCAAGUUCUUCCACACCAAUCUCAACAAACCAUUUCUGUACGGACCUUGCUUUGUGUACGGGGGCAUUGUCCGGCUGAAACAGGAAAGGGCCUUCCCCAAACUGUUACCAUGAUGUUGGAAGCACAGGAUUGUCUAGAAUGUCAUUGUAAGCUGUGGUGUUCAGAUUUCCCUUCACUGGAACUAAGUGGCCUAGCCUGAACCAUGAAUAACAGCUCUAGACAAUUAUUACUGCUCCACCAAACUUUACAGUUGGCACUAUGCAUUCGGGGAGGUAGCGUUCUCCUGGCAUCCGUCAAACUCAGAUUUGUCUGUCAGACUGCCAGAUGAAGCAUGAUUCAUCACUUCAGAGAACUAAUUUCCACUGCUCCAGAGUCCAAUGUAGACGAGCUUUACACCACUCCAGCUGACGCUUGACAUUGCACAUGGUGAUUUUAGGCUUGUGUGUGGCUGCUCUGCCAUGGAAACCCAUUUCAUUAAGCUCCUGACGAACAGUUCUUGUGCUGACGUUGCUUCCAGAGGCAGUUUUGAACUCGUAGUGAGUAUUGCAACUGAGGACAGAUGAUUUUUACACACUACGUGCUUCAACAGUUGGCGAUCCAGUUCUGUGAGGUUGUGUGGGCUACCACUUUGCAGCUGAGCUGUUGUUGCUCCUAAACAUUUCCACUUUACAAUAACAGCACUUACAGUUGACCUCUAGAAGACCAGAAAUUUGAUGAACUGACUUCUUGGAAAUGUGUCAUCCUAUGUCGGUGCCACGUUGAAAGUCACUGAGCUCUUCAGUACAGGCCAUUCCACUGCCAAUGUUUGUCUAUGGAGAUUGCAUGGUGGUGUGCUCGAUUUUAUACACUUGUCAGCAACAGGUGUGGCUGAAAUAGCCAAAUCCACUAAUUUGAGGGGAUGUCCACAGACUUUGUAGUGUAUGUGCUACUCACUUCAGACUCAGUUCAUUAUUGCCAACAGUCAAUGUCAUGGAUCUUUGUCAUCUUUUCGGUUAGAUUUGUUUAUAGUCAUAUAUGUAAAUGAACCCUUUUCUUGUUAAUAUUGUAACUAUAAGCAAUAUCAGUUUCCUUUUCCGUAUUAAAUUUUGAUAUUGUAUUAUAUUAGCCCUUUGAUAGUUUUCUAAACACAAAGAUGUGUCACUGCUUGUGUAUAAGUGUUCCGGAAUAACAGGCCAGAGACAAAAAAGAAAAUUAGACAAAAAAAAAAAAGAAAACAAGUAAAAAUGUUAUGGAUGACUUUGAUUUAAGAUAAGAAACUCAAGCAACUGUUCAGAGACAAUGGUACAAUACAAUGGUGCCAGGGUUGCCACAGUGGAUUGAGGAGAGAUGAAGAAAAUGAACUCUGACAAAGACAUGGAGAAGAUCAAGAGGCAUUUUCAGAUAAGGAUCAACUCUGGUGGAGGUCGCUUCAGGGAUAAAGACGGUAAGGAGUUCAAUUUAAUUGUGUGUGUGUGUGUGUGUGUGUGUGUGUGUGUGUGUGUGUGUGUGUGUGUGUGUGUGUGUGUGUGUGUGUGUGUGUGUGUGUGUGUGUGUGUGUGUGUGUGUGUGUGUGUGUGUGUGUGUGUGUGUGUGUGUGUGUGAGAGAGAAAAAACACUAACUAACCAGUACAAACAUCAUGUUCCUCUCAGCAUUAUGAGAACCCAAUCAAAAUCCAUCAUAAAAGGCAUCGGGUAGAAGUAAAUUCAAAUAUAAUUUGACAUACUGUAUAUCUUAAAUGACUGCGUUUUCAGUCAUUUCAUUCUAUAAUCUUGAACCGCUCAGUUUGACCUUGUCCAGGGGUGCCUCCAGGGGUCACUGCUGAGGGAGAGGGAGCUGGAAGAGGUGUACGCCCGCGUGGCAUGGUGCAUCUUGGGAAGGUGGGAAGACAAGGAGAGGCUCCCAAGGAGACCAUUGACAGGUUGGAUGGACAGAGAGGCUGGUGAGCCGUGGUUGUGAGGAGGAUGGAGGCGACUACCACUGCUCAGGGUUCGAAACACAUCAUCAAGCUGAAACACCCGGAGAACCUUGUCGACUACACAGAGUAUCAGAGAGUGAAUGAGGGCUUCAGGAAGACUGCCAUGUGCUUAAGCAGACAGAAUCUAAACUGGAGACGAGAAGAGCAACUCAGCAAAGAAAACUGUUGAACUCAGAAAUUCACUGCAACUGAAGAAGAAAAAGAAGAAAACUGCAGCUGGCCUACUGGUCUGCCUUCUGAUACAACAGCCACACUGCAACUACAGUCUACAGAGUCAAGAUCAUCAUGAAUACUGCAAUGACUGUUAUUGUUCUUCUGGUCUGCUCAGACAUCAUCUGCAUGAUACAAGGGAGAGGUAUACAAUAUCCUCGAUGCCGCUGUCCUACAGUACAUACAGGGGGGGUGAAUAUCAGUUUAAUCAGGAAACUGACCUAUUACCGUCCUCGCUCACACUGCUCUAAGGAAGAAGUCAUUGUCACACUGAAAACCAGGGGUUCGCUCUGUCUCGACCCAGAUGGGAAUUUUGCCAAAACACUGAUUGAAAGACAAAUCAAAGU